UCUUCAAUUCCUCAGUUCUCUGCGAGUAAAAUCGGAUCAAACGAGCCAUGGUAGAAACUAGAAGCAAAUCAUCAUCAAAACGCUCUUUUCCAUCCAGUAAUACUACUAGUACCUCUGGAGAUGCUUCUCCUUCACUUUCAAAACGACCAAAGAUGGACGAAGCACUGGAGGAGGCUUCAUCACCAAAUAAAGUUGAUGAUUCUGGGUCCCUACCCGCUGUUGCUAAAACCCUUGGUUCAUCUCAAGAUGACCAAGAAGAAGUGGGUGUCAAUCCUUUACAAGAAUCUGAUACUACACAGAAAUGUAACACUGAUGUCGUUGAUGAUGAUAAAGACAAGGUCUUGCCUUUAUCUACAAAGAAAGCCGCGCCAAAUAAAGCUUCACCAAAGCUUCCAUGGGGAAGGCUUAUCUCUCAAUACGCUCAAAAUCCCAGCCUUCGCAUUCAAGAGUCUCCAUUUAGUGUUGGUCAAAACCGAUAUUGCGGCUUAUGGUUGAAAGAUCCAUGUGUUGAUCAGGUUCUGUGUACGCUGAGACGCAUCACAAACGUGGAGAAAAAAGGUUUAGAUACUGUUCUGCUAGAAGUAUUGGGGGUCCAAGGUACGGUCCAAGUGAAUGGAAAGAUUUAUCGUAAAGAUACCAGUGUAGUGCUGCAGGAAGGGGAUGAAUUGGUUUUUAGUUCAUCUGGUAAACAUGCUUAUAUUUUCCAGCAACUGGCAACUAAUAAUUCUGGAAGUCAAAGUGUUCCAGCUAAAGGAAGAAACUUUGGAGCAAGGUCUGUAGGCUCCGGAGCUGCUACACAACAAGCAUUAGUAUUAACAUGGUUAUCAAAUCUAGCCUCGCGACAUCUCCCAUCACCUCCACAGAGUGAUGCAGAUGCACAACGAGGUAACGGAAGGCCUAGUUCGGGCUCUGAAGUAUCAGGCUCACUGACUCCUGAUCUUGGUGACAAUUGCCACAUUAAGAAAUGUAGUUCUUCAGGUGACAAGCGAGCUGGUGUUUCUGCAGGUAUUGGAAACAUUCACAAGUCUUUUCAUGAACUUAAACCAGACAUUAGGGUGCUUGAUAGACAAUCUGUUUCUGCAGGAAUGGGCAAAAACUUAUUACGAGCUCUUGGUGAGCAAAAGAACAGCACAGAAAAUAAAACAGUUCCAUCAGCAGCUCAGCGACAAGCAUUAAAGGAUAGUUUACGACAAGGGAUUCUUUGCUCUGAUGAUAUCGAGGUUUCUGCAGGAAUGGGCAAAAACUUAUUACGAGCUCUUGGUGAGCAAAAGAACAGCACAGAAAAUAAAAGAGUUCCAUCAGCAGCUCAGCGCCAAGCAUUAAAGGAUAGUUUACGACAAGGGAUUCUUUGCUCUGGUGAUAUCGAGGUUUCUUUUGACAGUUUUCCUUACUAUCUGAGCGAAAACACGAAGAAUGUUUUAAUUGCAACAGCACAUAUGCAUUUCAAGUGUAGCAGCUUUUUAGAGUACUCCUCGGGUCUACCUACUAUUAGCUCACGAAUAUUAUUAUCCGGUCCAGCAGGUUCUGAGAUCUAUCAGGAGAACCUCAUAAAGGCUUUAGCUAAACACUUCGGCACCAGAUUGCUUAUUGUUGAUUCUCUCCUGUUACCUGGUGAUACUUUGCCAGAGGACUCGAAAUCAAGCAAAAAAGGGCCGCCUACAUUAGAAACAUCAGGAGUUCUUAGAAGAGUUGUAAAAUCAUAUGCUUUAUAUUUAAAGAAACCAGCUUCACCUGCACUUGGAUCUCACAAUCUUGGGAAACAGGAGUCAUCUAACGCAUUAUCUGAGGAUAACAAAUUCAAAAUAGGUGAUAGAGUAAAGUAUCUGGGUUUACCGGGAUCUUGUUCGCCCUAUCUUCCGUCAAGGGGGCCAGCUAAUGGUUACCGAGGCAAAGUAAUCAUUCCUUAUGCUCAAGAAAGUGGAUCCUAUAAAGUUGGCGUUAGGUUUGAUCGAAUAAUUCAAGGAGGUAACGAUCUUGCGGGACUUUGUGAUGCUGACCAUGGUUUCUAUUGCUGCGCUAAUUUACUUUGUUUGGACAAUUCCAGAAGCGAUGAUCUUGACAAACUUGUCAUUAAUGAACUGUUUGAGAUUGUUUGUAGUGAAAGUAAAAGUGCUGGAUUGAUUCUGUUUCUCAAAGAUAUCGAGAAAUCUCUGGGCGUCAAUUCCGAGGCAUAUACAGUUUUGAAACACAAGCUCGGAAAUCUGCCUGACAACGUAAUUGUGAUUGGGUCCCAUACCCAGAUGAACAAUACUGCGCAGAAGUCACAUUCGAGCAGUUCUAUGUUCUCCUCCAAACUAGGACAAACGUCUCUACUCGACCUUGCUUUUCCGGAUAACUUCAGGGUUGGACUUAAUGGGAGAAGCAAAGUGAUUACAGAGACUGCGAUGCACCUCACCAGACUUUUUUCAAAUAAAGUGACGAUACAACUACCACAGGAUGAAGAUCUGCUUUUGGAUUUGAAACAACAGUUAGACCAUGAUGUUGAGACUCUCACUGCAAACUCAAAUAUUGCCACCAUACGCUCAGUUCUUGGGCGGAGUGGACUGGAAUGCCCAGACCUUGAAAAAAUAUGCAUUAAAAAUAUAACUUAUACAACUGAAAGUGUUAAGAAGAUAGUUGGUUGGGCGCUAACUCAUAGCCUAAUGAAUAAUUCAAAAGCUUCUGCCAGCGGAGAUAAGUUUUUGGUUUCCACUGAAAGUAUCAAUUACGGGUUGAGCCUUCUUGAGAGCACUCAAAAUAAAUCCAGUAGUACGAAGAAAUCACUCAAGGAUGUGGUCACCGAAAACGAGUUUGAGAAGAAACUUCUGGCUGAUGUGAUCCCCCCAGCUGAUAUCGGAAUAUCUUUCGACGACAUUGGAGCGUUAGAAACUGUAAAGGGAACACUGAAGGAAUUAGUAAUGCUUCCUUUGCAGAGACCAGAACUCUUCAGCAAGGGCCAACUUACAAAGCCGUGCAAGGGAAUUCUGCUUUUUGGUCCUCCGGGCACUGGGAAAACAAUGCUUGCAAAAGCUGUUGCUACCGAGGCAGGUGCAAACUUUAUAAACAUAUCGAUGUCGAGCAUUGCAUCAAAGUGGUUUGGUGAGGGAGAAAAGUAUGUAAAAGCAGCAUUUUCACUUGCAAGUAAAAUUGCACCCAGCGUUUUAUUUGUGGAUGAGGUUGAUAGUAUGUUAGGAAGACGUGAAAAUCCAGGAGAACAUCAAGCUAUGCGGAAAAUGAAGAACGAAUUUAUGCUAAAUUGGGAUGGUCUACGUACGAAGGACAAAGAGCGGGUGUUGGUACUUGCUGCCACCAAUAGACCGUUUGAUCUCGAUGAAGCUGUCAUAAGGAGGCUUCCUCGAAGAUUAAUGGUGAAUUUGCCAGAUGCUCCAAACAGAGAAAAAAUUCUCAAAGUUAUUUUGGCGAAAGAAGAAAUGGCACCUGAUGUAAAUUUGGAAGUUGUUGCAAAUAUGACAGAUGGAUAUUCAGGAAGCGACUUAAAGAAUCUAUGUGUAACAGCUGCAUAUUGUCCUAUAAGAGAAAUUUUGGAGAAGGAAAAAGAGGAGAAAGGUUCCGCGCUGCUAGAGAAUACAUCAUUACCUGAUAUUCGUCCUCUAAACAUGGCGGAUCUGAAAUUUGCACAUGAUCAGGUGGGUGCGAGUGUUUCAUCAGAAUCGCGAAAUAUGAAUGAACUUCUCCAGUGGAAUGAUCUUUAUGGAGAAGGCGGAUCAAGGGAAAAGAGACCGCUGAGCUACUUCGUGUAAUUCUGAUGAAGAUAGGAUGGAUGAUUCUUUUAUCUCUUAAAGAAAGAAUUGUACAGCUAUAGUCUUUAUGGAGAAGGCGGAUCAAGGGAAAAGAGACCGCUGAGCUACUUCGUGUAAUUCUGAUGAAGAUAGGAUGGAUGAUUCUUUUAUCUCUUAAAGAAAGAAUUGUACAGCUAUAGUUACUCUUGGCAUCUGCCAGUCAUUUUACUUCUCAGUAACCGCACAAGAUAGCAAAAAAGGAGUGAUGACCGCGGAACCGUAUAGUGAUUUUGAUGGGGUAUGCUACAGUUGCAGGUUUUUGCCACCCUUGUAUAGUCAUAUGUCGGGUGUGCUUUUGGCAUUCUUUUUUGCAAUCCAAAUAUAAUAAAGUAAAUAGCCAAUUCUCCUUCUCCUUUCUUGUCUGUAUAAACAAUCCCUUGUAACAAGCAUGAUUAUAGUAAUAUUUAUAUCACUAUUUCUUUC